AUGGAUGCAUUUGUAUCUCAGAAACGUCCAAGGCUCUGGAACGCCAACAAGGAGCCAGAAUCAAACCAAGAGUCUUCAAGUCCACCAGAAGACUCCACUGAUAUUAAGCUAGCACUACUGUUAUCGCUUUUCCCGGGCGUCAAACAAGAUGAGCUAUUGGAUAUACUUGUAUCCUGUGAAGGCUCCGUGGAGAAUGCCUCUUCACUUCUCUCUGAAAAAGGGUCCGCACCAUAUACGCUAGUGAGCAAAAAGCGUGCUGCCGUGGGCUCAUCACUCGGCAUGCAGACAUCUCUCACAUCACAUGUCUUCACAACUGCCGAAGAUGGAAGUAUGAAGCCCAUCCACGCAAUCUCGAGCAAGAGAAAACUCUUACCCCCAAAGAAAGGGAAAACACUCCACCUUUACUCGCCCGAGGACAUUGCAGCCUACACACCUUGUACUAUCGUCCACAAUUUUCUGCCAGCCAAAGAGGCCAAUAACCUCCUCUUUGAAUUAUCAGAAGAAUCCAAACACUUUUCUCGCUACGAUUUUCAGCUCUUCAACCGUACGGUUCAGAGUCCUCACACGCAUGCUGUAUAUGUGUCCACCCCCGAGGAGCAUCGACAACAGAUAUCAGAAUACACAUACGGAGGCACAUAUCGGUCAAAUGUGCGCCAAGCCACACCGAAUUUACGAUCAGUGUCACGGCAGGUGCAAAUUAUUGUCAACGAAGAGAUUCAGAAGCGCAUUCGAGAGUUCUAUCCAGGCGGCAAGAAACUACAAUACCAGUCACCCAAGGAGUGGCGGCCCAAUGCAGCGUUCGUCAAUUGCUACGAUGGGCCAACUGAAAGUGUGGGAUAUCACUCGGAUGAGCUCACCUAUAUCGGACCUCAUCCCGUGAUAGGCAGCCUGAGCCUAGGGGUUGCACGGGAAUUCCGAGUCCGUCGGAUAUUAACUCGUGACGACGAUAAGACCGAAGAAGAUGAAGAUGGCAAAGGGACUAGUCCAGUUUCAAGAUCUCCACAGAACCAGGGUGCCUCAGCUGCAAGUGCAGACGGCCAAGGCCAAAUCUCCAUUCAUCUUCCUCACAACUCUCUCCUCAUCAUGCAUGCAGAAAUGCAAGAGGGUUGGAAACACUCCAUCACUCCAGUGCAAACUAUUGUACCUCAUCCGAUCUCUGGCAACCGACGCAUCAAUAUUACAUAUCGCUGGUAUCGUGAGAGUCUCCGCCCACAUUUCGCUCCGCGCUGCAAGUGUGGGGAGCACAUGAUCCUCCGGUGUGCCCAACGCAAUCAUAAAACACGCGGAAGAUACAUGUGGAUGUGCUAUGCCGGAUUUGCGCCGGGGAGAGAAGGGUGUUCAUUCUUCCAGUGGGCCGAAUUUGAUGAUGAUGGGGAUCCAGUGGGGAUCGAACACGCAAUUAGGGAUACAGCUCCUACUCUGGCAAACCUCUCGGCAUCACAAUGA